AUGCUUGGCAUGGCAAGUGCAUUGGAGACACUAUGUGGACAAGCAUUUGGUGCAGGACAAGUAGAAAUGCUCGGUGUUUACAUGCAACGUUCGAUUCUAAUCCUGUUCGGUUCAUGUUUUCUCAUCUUACCACUUUACAUUUACGCGACACCGAUUUUGAUAUUCCUUGGACAAGAACGUGAUAUAGCGGAGUUAGCUGGAAUAUUCACACUCCAAUCUAUACCUCAGUUAUUUUCACUAGCCAUCAAUUUUCCUGCACAGAAAUUCUUGCAGGCACAAAGCAAAGUUGGAGUAUUGGCAUGGUUGGGUUUCGUAUUCCUUCUUAUUCACAUUUUGAUUCUGAUUCUUUUUAUUAAGAUACUUGGUUGGGGUACAGCUGGUGCUGCUGCAGCUUAUGAUUUAUCUGCUUGGGGAAUUGCUUUGGCUCAAAUGGUUUAUGUUGUUGGUUGGUGUAAAGAAGGGUGGAAGGGUUUGUCUUGGUUGGCUUUUAAGGACCUUUGGGAAUUUAUGAAACUCUCUUUUGCUUCAGCUAUUAUGCUUUGUUUAGAGGUUUGGUAUUUCAUGACAUUGAUUGUUCUCACUGGACAUUUGGAUAAUCCUAUCAUUGCUGUUGGCUCACUUUCAAUUUGCAUGAAUUUAAAUGGGUGGGAAGGCAUAUUGUUCAUAGGGGUCAAUGCAGCUGUCAGUGUAAGAGUUUCCAAUGAGCUUGGAUCAGGACACCCAAGAGCUGCAAAAUAUUCGGUGGUCGUCACGGCUGUUGAGGCUCUCAUAAUUGGCUUGGUAUCUGCAGUCAUUGUUUUAAUAACAAAAGAUCACUUUGCUGUUAUUUUCACUGACAGUAAAGAAAUGCAACAAGCAGUUUCUAAAUUAGCUUCACUUCUUGGUAUAACCAUGAUUCUAAAUAGUGUCCAGCCAGUUUUAUCAGGUGUUGCAGUAGGAGGAGGAUGGCAAGCUUUGGUAGCUUACAUUAAUCUAUUUUGUUAUUACAUUAUAGGACUCCCCCUUGGCUUUUUGCUGGGCUACAAAGCAGGCUAUAGAGUGAAGGGUAUUUGGGUUGGAAUGAUAUUAGGAACUGUUUUGCAGACAGCAAUCUUGAUAUAUGUUAUAUAUAAAACAAAUUGGAACAAAGAGGUUGAACAAGCAUCAGAAAGAAUGAAGCAAUGGACUGGACAAGAAUCAGAGAUGAGGGAAAUGUAG